AAAUUGAAAUAGCAUGAGCCAACCGUCGGCCACGAACGACAGCGGGGUCCACCAGUCAGAACUGCCAGCGAACGUAAUGAUGGAGCUGUCGCGAUCGAAGCUAGCAGUCGAAUCCCAGGCGUCGGGACGACAGGGCAGAACCCGAGCAGACGAAGAAGCAAUUUACAGUCAGGCGGAGAAUCCCUGAAUUGGCGCUGUGCCGUCGCCUGGCGCACUCGCACUCGCACUCGACUCGGUUGACAAGCGUCACCGCCUUGGGCGCUGAUGGGGUCGCAAGUUGAUCGGCGCAGAAAGGUGACACCUGGUGACCAAGCAGAAAAUACCUAGGUAACAGAAAGGACCUGGUCUUGACACCGUCACAAAAUUUCUUUUUGGUUUGACCUAUUUGCUUCUUGUCUUUAUUACGCCCUUGGUGGAGCGCCCUCAGAGCCGUCACCUGUCUGUUCGCGGAGCGUCACAGCGGCCAGCAAAUGCAGUCGCUCGUCGAUGGGCUGGCAUAUGCCGGUGCCGUCUGGUCCGCAGUCGUCUUUACCGUCCAGGGCAUCGGGUCGUUCCAGCUAUUCCGCAACAACUCCAGGCCGCCGCCGCCGCCCGUGUCGCCCUCCCUCGACCCCAAAGAUGUGCCUCACAUCACCAUAAUCAGGCCGGUCAAGGGCCUCGAACCCCGGAUGUACGAAUGCCUUGCCUCGAGUUGUCUACAGUCAUACCCGAGGGACAAGCUCAGCAUCCGCCUCUGCAUUUCGUCCAAGGACGACGCAGGCUACGCGACCCUCGAGCGCAUCGUCGCCGACUUUGCCUCGACCGAGCUCGACAUCCAGAUCCUCCUCGAGUCAGAAGACCCCUUCCUCCACGGAGCGGGCGGCGACGCGCGCAACCUGGGGCCGAACCCCAAGGUCCGCAACAUCAGCCGCGCCUACCGCGAGGCGAAGGGCGACAUAAUAUGGGUCGUCGACUGCAACAUCUGGGUUUCCAAGCGCGCCGCCGGCCGCAUGGUUGACAAGCUCCUCGGUCUGGCGCCCGCCGGCAGCCGCGGCACGCCGCCCACCCCCUACAAGUUCGUGCACCAGCUGCCCGUCUCGGUCGACGUGACGCCCGCCGACGAAGCUGCGGCCAUGGGCAUGAUGGCGUACGGCGGCGGGCGCCUCGACGAGAUGUUCAUGGCAUCGACGCACGCAAAGUUCUACAGCGCCAUCAACACGGUCGGCGUGGCGCCCUGCAUCUGCGGCAAGAGCAACAUGUUCCGCAAGUCGCACAUCGACCGCCUCACCGACCCGGCCCAGAACCCGAUCCUAACCCCCGAGGACGCCAGCAGGGGUCGCGGCAUCGACUUCUUCUCCUCGUACAUCUGCGAGGACCACCUGAUCGGCGAUCUCCUCUGGCGGUCCGAGGUGCCGGGCCACGCCCGCCACGGCCUUGUCCACGGCGAGCUGGCCCUGCAGCCCAUGCGGUCCAACACCGUCACAUCCUACAUUGCCCGCCGCGUCCGCUGGCUACGCGUCCGCAAGUGGACUGUCAUCGCCGCCACCCUGGUCGAGCCGGGCGUCGAGUCGUUGGUCUGCUGCAUGGCCUUCGCCUUCGCCGUCACCACCGCCCCCUGGGCCGGCGCCGACUGGCCCGUGCCGCGCACCUGGACCGCUUAUGCGCAGGUCUUUGCUGCCGCCAUCACAUGCUGGGUCGUCCUCGACCGCGCCGUCUACCGCCUGCUGCACGCCUGCCGCAGCGUCGAGACCGACUCGGACUCCCCCGACUUUGCGCGCGGCGCAGGGCGGCCCGGCGGCCCGGCCAUGCGCUCCUUCCCCGCCUGGCUGCUGGCCUGGGUCGGCCGCGAGCUACUCGCGCUGCCCAUCUGGACCUGGGCCGUCCUGCUCGGCGGCACCGUCACUUGGAGGGGCCAGAGCUUCCGCGUGAGGAUGGACAUGAGCGUCGUCGAGCUGCCCGACCAGAAAGGGGCUCGUGGAGGAGGGGCGGCAUCAAGGGCAGGAGAGACGGCCAGGCUUAUACCUAAUGGAUCCGCGAGCAAGAAAACCCGUCGGACUUGACGCUUCUUAACGGCGACGAAUACCUAAUAAUACGCAUAGACAAUAGACUAAUAGACUAGAUACCACGGAAUCCGUAGGGAUAAUAUCAACAACCGCAUCUACCUCAAA